UACAUUCUGCUGCAGGAGGAUGUGGUUUAGCAGCACUUUCCAUUCUUAGCAAGAAAUCGGCUAAAGUUGUUGGUACUGUUGGUACAUCAUCAAAAUUAGAUUUAUUGAAUCAAAAAUACGGUGAAAAUCCCAAAUUUACAUUUAUUCUUCGAGAGCCUGCUAAAGAUUUUGAAGAUCGAGCAAAACAAGCCUUGUUAAAGAUAGAUCAAGAGGGAUUAUUUGACAUAGUAUUAGAUAGUGUAAUGGGCGAUUGGUUUUGGCCAAAUUAUAAUUUAUUAAAGAAAGAAGGCAGACUAGUUGUGUAUGGGGCUGCAAGUUUUACACCGACCGGAAAUUUACAUCCUAUAUUUGAUAUAAUUCAAUGGAUAAAAUUGGGUUGGAAAUACAUUUGGAGACCAAAAAUUGAUCCUAUGCAACUUACUCAAGACAACAAAACUGUCGCUGGUUUCAAUUUAAUCCAUCUAUAUGAAUCCGAAGAACGGAUGAAUAAGUUGUUUGAACAACUUCAAACUUUAGAAUUAGAUCCACCAUCAAAAAUUAAUGAAUUUGAAUUCGAUCAAGCUGUAGAAGCAUUGACAUAUUUCAAAUCAGGAAAAAGUGUUGGUAAAAUUGUUCUCAGGGUAAAGCAUUAA